CUCGUUGACGUUGGUCCUACACGCUUCUGCAAUCUGCACUACUGCAGUAGUACGCUUUCGCUCGCGAGCGGCGCAACAUCGUAUCGUGUGAUAGUAAUGAAGCCGAGAGAAAGGAGUUAAGUUUGCGCAGGCGCAAGUUCAGCAGCAGGAAUACAUAUAUAUUAUAUAGCUUGAGCCGCGGUCCAAGAAGGGCCAAGAAUUCCAAGAAAACGAAAAGCGCGUGCGCCCGGGCACGUUUACUGGGAGAGCCACCACGACCACUUGCGAGCAGUAUUUUGUGUACAUGUGAAGCGGCUGUGCGCGAGACACGAGAGAGAGGAAGCGAGUGAGUGGGUGAUAGUCGUGAUAGAUACCAUUAUGAGUGCGAGCGCCGUAGCGGCAAGGACUGUGUCGCCGAGCAUAGGCGUCAUGAACGAGGAGGAGCUGCAGGAGCCGCGCCAGCAGAAGUGCGAGGAACUCAAGGAUCAGCCCAGCCUGGACCUGAGUCGGCCGCAGCGGCAGGAAGAGGAGAUGGUAUUGGCGGAUGAAAACCGGUCGGCCCAGGAGAGCGGGGCCGAAAGCGAGGGGCUCCAGGUUGACGCUCAGCUUAGGGCGAUGGCCGUCUCCGCGACGACGCGAGCGACUCCGACAACGGGGCCGAGGACUGACGCGGCGGCGCGAACCCCCUCCACGGCCACCUCGACCGGCACGCGCUCUGCCGGGGAGAGCUUCGAUGACGUCAACGGCAAAGAUCGAUUGAAGCCAUUCAUUAGGACAUGUCAAAGAUUCGAGAGCGGCAGCGGCAGCGGCGACCAAGACGGCAUGGUCUCGAUGGAAGACGGCGUAGACGUAGCGGCGAAGAAGCGCAAGACCAGACGCGGUAAGCCGAAGCACCGCAAGCUCAAACCCUACUCGAAGCAGCAGCCGUCGUUCCAGCAGCGCUUGCGGGGUCGGGCCUCGAGUCGCCCAAACAAGGCCGGACGUAAUCCACCCGCACCGUACAACACGACGCAAUUCCUCAUGGACGAUCACAACGACUUGCCCGAGCUGGACGAGAAGAUCGCAGGUGCUGUUCCCGUCUCCUCCAACUCGACCGAUUUUGUCAGCUCCAGCAAGCCUGUUGCCCGCGGGCGCUGUCCCAGUUUUUCCAUGGACAGUGACGACGAUGAUCAUUUUUAUUCAUCCCCCGCAGAUGAGGAGGAAUUUCUUUCCAAGGAGUUCUGUAACGUCUACGAGGAGACACACGCCGAGAGGUUGAGUCAGCUUAGUAAGAGUGCGCUCAUCGCCGAGUACAUUCAGCUGGAAGCCAAGAUAGACGGCCUGAACAAGCGGCUGCGUGCCAAGAACAGCGCCUGCAACGCAGCGGCUGCUGCUUUCCAUCAGCAGCUGGCAGUAACAUUGAUAGCUGCAGCUGCAACGGCAUCGGAUCCGAACGAACCUCGGGACGCGGAACUAGCAAAGAAGCUUAAGGCCCUUCAGCAGCGCGUCGAUGAGCUCCAGCAGCAGAAUGAACAGCUCCGCCGGGAGAACGAGCAAUUGCGCCAACGCCACGGCAGCCCGAUGUCCAGUGUCGACAGUGAGAGCGAUAGCUCGUGCCAGAGUCACGCUUGCUCAGAUUGCAGCAACCAUAAGACAACGAGUCCAGGUUCCUCGCCUGUACCUGCGUCUUACGCGUGUCGCGAAAAAAGCAGUCGGCGCAAGAGCAGUUCGGUAUCGAGUGUCGCCAGCGAGACCGACAGCGACAGCACUGACAACUCAUGCCCGGGCGCAAUUAGUCCCAAGAGCGCAGCUACGACGUCCAGUAACAGCGCGACCACCCCUACGACGGCAACGACGUAGGCCAACGGAGCUGCCGAGGCGUACAACGGACACGCGACCAGUUGCGAAGUUGUCGGCCUGCCCACUUAAAAGCACACCACUUUUCUUUUUCUUUUUUUUUUCUGUUCCCUUUCCUUCAUUUGAAGGUUUGAUACCGCAAGCGUAUUCUUCAAAUGUAUAUGUACAUACGCGGUUCGUUGAAUACAGUCCGCCCUCGUCAACGAUCGAAAGACGACCGGUCUCUCAUUUUUUUUUUUUUUUUACUUUCACGCGUUCGGUAGAGCGCGAGUUAUAAGUAUUUUUGCCAAUCAAGGUGAUUAAACGGAAUGAGCAACUCGCGGCGAUGGAUUGUCGCGAGGAAAUGAAAGAAAUCGAAAUCAAACUUUUUGUUUUUUUGUUUACUUGUUAACCAUGUGCAUAUUAUAUUGUACAAUUAGAUAUAAAAGUAAACGGAUCUCUUAAUCCAUUUGCGUGGAUAUUUGUUCACGAGAGCGAAUGGCGACGACUGUAUCGGCACGUAGGGAACCUCAGCUAUCGAGAAAGCUGGUCGAUUGAUGAAAAUAAAUGAAUCUGCAGGAAAAGUAGAAAGCACGGGAUGCUUUGUCACCUUUGAUUCUCUACCUCUCGUCUGUUUCGCCAAGACUGUCAUUCAUUUAUUGUACAUAUAAACGACAUAUUAUAAGCCAAUGCAAACUCAAGAGGGACGUACUGUAUACGCAGCGCGUGUCAUGAACUCACUCACAUACAAAGGCAUAAUCACGUUAUUAGAGACGAUCGCUCAAAAUGGAUGUAAUCCUCAUUUAUUUCUGCCGACGCGCGAGCGCUGUUCAUGCAUAAAGUAUAAGCGCAAAACCACAUUCGUUUCAUACGUUCGUAAUAUUAAUACGUUCUCGUCCCGCAAAAAUACGCGAGAUCUCGCUUGGAUCAUGUACAUCUGAACAUCGCGUAAUUUAUGCAUUCGCCUUAUUCAUUUUAAUGCAUACUGCCAUCCUAAAAAAGAUCCAUCUUUUGCAAUACUUUAAUAAUUAAAGUAUUGAAUUGUAUUUAUUUUUAUUUAUAUUUUUUUGUUGUUUAUGAUUUGAAAAAUUUUAAACCGUUUAUUCGUUUUACUCCACUAUUAAUCAGUUAGACAUUUCUAAGCACCUAACUUAUAAAAGUUGAAUAAUGCACAAACAAAUGAAAAAUGCGGAGGCUUGCAGACCAUCAACUAACGCAAGUGUAUACACGGGUCCAUGCAGUUAUGAAUCCUUUUUGGAAAGCAUCUCUCAUGUUGUAUCAAAACGUGAAUAGUAUGUACUAUUGUUUUAUACCUAGAAUUGCAUCUACGCCUUGCAACCGUGGCCUAAAUUGACGCAGCAAUGCACUUUUCAACAUAUUACGUGUUGUCAAUGAAACUGUUUUUAACGAAAUUAUUUUGGGAGUUUAUUGUUUUAUUUCACAUCUAUAUAACUGGUUUAAUACAAUUCAGUUCUAUAGUGAUGCAUUUAGAGUUUACCAACGUCACAAAGUUUACUUUACAUUAACUUUGGUAGCAAUCUAGUGAUUUAUACAUUUCAACGACAGUGACUUAAACUCCAUCAUAAAAAAUCGAGCGAUUCAAUGAUGAUAUCAUAUGCUGUGCAGAUUUUGGUUGGGUCUUUAAGCUGCAUAAUAAAUUUUACGCAUAAAAACCUAGUACAUAUUUAUAACGUUUUCAUACCUUGCGAAAUAUUAAUCUAGAAAAGGGUUCAUAGAGUUGAACAAAAAAAAAAAAAAGUUUUUUAAAAUGCCAUUUUUCAGGCGCAACGAAUAAAAUAAACGUGAAUAAAGUAUUACUGUCGCGGUAAAUGACAAUGUGAUUUUAAUAUAUUCUAAUGUUUAAGGACGCAUUGUACAAUUGUAUAGACUAGAUUAAGACUAGAUGUUAGUUUAUGGUCUGAGAUAUUACUACAUAAUGGGGCGCGCCUUACUCUUUACUUUCGGUAUGAAAUAUCGUUAAAGCCAAAGGAUAUUUCUCCUCUCUGUGUAAAAUAUGAUUACGUUAAAAAGCCUAUACAUGUAUAUCUUAUUCUUAUGUUUUACCUCUCAUGAUAAAUUUAAUAAUCUCGCUGUAUUAUUUUUAUUGCGCCCUAGACCUUUUCAAGCUAAAGUCGAUGCAAGUUUAUGCUCGUCAAUUGCACGUGUUCUGAAUCUUGACUUUUCUAGAUUUUUCAUGACAAUAAAUAGUUGUACAUUAAAACAGUUUAACACUGGAAGAAUGAAUUUUCAAUCAAUUUCACACGAAAUGCGCUAUGAGAUGAAAUGGACUUUUGGUAAUAAUGAAAGCAUAACGUGAAGUUAUUGUAUAAGUCUGCAUCAACUUUAGGAUUCUAUCGAAAUUUUUAUGUAUCAUUUAUCAUAGUAUUCAAGCUUACUGUUACAUGCUAUCGUGCUGGGGGAUUCAAGCAAGUCUUCCUCUAGCUGUUUAAUCACAUUCAUUCGCCAUUUUUAUGUAUUUUAUGUAUUAUAAAUUUUUAAAACAAGAUUAUCAAUAAUUGAAAGAAAAAGCUACUCGAAUUUUUUUUUUUUUCAAUGUUUUUAUAAAAUACAAGAAAUUCCGUAAAAAGUAAAACCAUAAUUAUACCUCCUAGUAUACGUUCAGCGCUUUACAACGUUGGACUUCUUCGCUGUGAUAAAACAUGUGUGCUUAUAAGUAAUUAUUAUGGA